UGUGCACGGUGCCCGUUCCUGGUCCAAGCGUUGGGAAUACUAGCGGCGGCGUGCCAUCGGAAACCGCCAGUUUCCGCGUGGACUUCGGCACGUCGAGUACGCCGAUCGGCCGAUGUGCGUUGCCCUCUUCGGCCGUCUCUCUCUCGCGGUUCUCCACGAUCGUCCCUCGUCCCCAUAACCGCCGGUUGCUCGGUGGACAGCGCGCGCCGCCGAGGAUUGCGGGAAAAUGCGGUCACCGAGUGUACCCGUGUGCUUCGUUUACGUUCUGCUGAGUGUUCUCGUAUUAUCUCUGAGAACGUGCGCAACGUCCUCGACAAACUCAACCACAACGCAAGCGGAAGAGGAGGAUGAGGAAUCCUUGCCGCAGAUAACGCUGGACGAGUUCAAAGAAAGAUACAGAAGACUGAUACCCUACAUGACUUACUAUGUCGCGAACAACUACGUGAACGGGCAAACACCGUUGCCGCAAAAGGUUGCGAAUGAGUAUCAAAGCAGUGCCUUGCUGAGGAAAGAACCGCAAUUCUUCGUCAGGUUAAACAACGCGGCCAGAAAGGGGAAUAUUCAUCGUUUGAAUCCUCAAAGUACUGACAGGAAAUUCAUUCCCUCGGUGCAGUAUGAUCCUCACCGUGUGGGAAGUGACAAUGAUUACUUCGCUCCUGUUAGGUACAGCGCUAAAGUUGGCCACGAUGAUUAUUCGGUUCAAUAUCAAGGAUACCAACAUCAGAAAACAGCGUACCUCGACGUCACAGCUACACCGAGCCAGAUCUCACGCAAGGAGCACAGGUACUAUCCAAACGUGAGACCAUUACGACCUUACGCGACAAACGGUCGAGACCACUUGCCCAGAAAACAACUGGCUAAGCCAGUGCCCGGCAACGUUCGAGACGACUACCCGCUAGAUUAUAACGGCAGGCCAACUGUAAAUGGAGUUCAUUAUCCUGCGAAGGAGUUCCAAGGACAUCGACCAUCCCCGCCGCACGCGUACUCCACCGUGGCGUCCCCCGAGCCUGUCCAAGGCAAGCAACCCCUGCCGAGCCCCCAAUUAAUUCGAAAUCCGAAUGUAAACCUGGAUCAGAUAGUCGAAAGUUUGCACCUAAGCGAACGCUUACCCGAGGUGCUGAACAGAGACAACAUCGAUAACAGUUUAAGGACACUGGCGGAGAUACUCAACAUCCUCCAUAAUAAGAAGAAAGGGGAAUACCCGCUGGUACAACAAGCUCCAUUGACACCGCUGAUAAAAGCACCACCGAGAUUACCACAAAAAGUACAGAGUGUCAAAGCAAGACCGCAGACGAGACCGAAAGUGAUCACCGAAACGCGAUUCCAAGUCACACCGAACCCACUGUACCUGACCGACGAUCCGGAGCGUUACAAACUGACGUACGAGGACGAAAUAGAUCCUGAACCACCGGCCCAGUCGGGCUACUUAGAGGACAACCUAAGUAACCAGAAACUCGAGCCGAACUUCAUGAGAGACCAUCUAAACAACCACAAGCCUGAGCCAACUUAUGUCGGGAAUAGUCUAAAUAAUAAGCUGCUAGAGUAUUACAUCCCGGUGGUUCAAGAUAUUCCGGAGAAGAACAAAGACGUGUUCCUGCCGACUAUCAGGCCCCAUGUGAAUCAUCACCAGUACCCCGGCGACGGUUCCACCGAAAAUUCUUACGAGAUCACGGAGGAUUUCAACGACGACGUGUUGCAGCAGGGUCGAUACCCUUCGACGCCAGCGACCACGGAAAGUCCGGCUUAUAGUUAUACGGAGCCUAAUAAAAUUUCAACCCCAAAACAGAAUGUCCCGCAGACGUCGGUAAAGUACGGCGCCACGCAGGGAAAAGCUAACGUUGAUUAUCCAGCUUAUUCAAGCAUACCGCUAACCAACUUCAGCUGCAAGGAACAAAGGUACAAAGGAUUCUUCGGGGAUCCGGAAACCGGAUGUCAGGUGUGGCACUAUUGCGACCUCAACGGUGGUAAAUCGUCAUUUUUAUGUCCGAAUGGUACUAUAUUCAGCCAAGUGGCCCUAACAUGCGACUGGUGGUUUAACGUGAAGUGCGAGACGACCACUCAAUUAUACGUGCUAAACGAACGGCUUUAUAAGUACAUCUUGCCGGUAAUGCCAAAGUUUCCAGAGGACUUCACCGGGCCGGAAGUAGAUCGGUAUUUGGAACUAAAAUUCAAGGAGAUGGAGGCGAAGUUGAAGGAGAAGUUGAAGAAGGAGGAAAAGGAGAAGCUCAAAGAUAAACCAGAAAUGGAGAAGGAAGAAGAAUGAUGAAUACUUAGUUUAUAGUUAAAUUAUUGUAAUUUUAGCGAUCUAAGCUCAGCGCGUAAAGGACCAAUCCUUGUUGCCAUUAUUUAUUCUAAAUAGCAACAAUCUUUAAGUCGCAUGCCAUGCAUUGUCGAAUGCGGGCGGAUUUUGUGAAACUUGAAAAUGUGCAAUAUGUAUAUUAUAGGUUUUUGUGCGUGAUUUAUGUUUAGCGUACGUUAGGAGAAAUUUUCGAUACGAGAUCUCUAUGUUAAUGAAAUCAAAUUAUCCUGUUCCACUAAGAUAUGAAGACAAUCAUGACAUCAAAAUUAAUUAUUCAAGCACACGAUAAGCAGUUAGGAAAGCCAAAACAUGUACGAAAUAACUGAAUAAUGUCAAUAAGUAUUUUCUUUCCCUCUAGUCAUAUUUCUACUGCGUGAUUAUUUAUAACAGGAUAUGCUCUAUUAUUUUAUAGAAAAUUUUUGCAUUUGUAUAUGUAUCAUACGGAUUGAUGUUAAUUAUAUUUUUCGUUAAGGGUAUCACGUGCACAGUAUGCUGUUCUGAAUGACAACGAACAUAAUAAUAAAUUAAUUCGACACUUUCCCACUUUUGAGGGAACAAUAUGUAACUAUUAGAA